CCCCCCAACAUUAAUGGCGAUGGGGGAGUUGGCACCAUCCCUCCACGCCAUUAAUGCGGCCACCCAACCUCCCCAUCCCCCCAAAUCCACCCCGCUUUCGCUCUCGCCUCCGCCAUUACCACUCCCUUUCGAGCUCGCCAUUAAAGGGACACCUCCCCCCUCCCCCAACCCCAAUGCCGGGCCUUCCAAAGAGGCGGCGGGAACGGUCGAGAGUAAUGGCCGAUUAGGUAAAUCCCGAACUCGCCCUCCCUCGGUUUUUAGCUGAGUGUGUGGCGUUGGGGGUUGGUUGCGGUGGAUGACCAAAACCCUAGCGCUUUGGGAAUUGGGGUUUUGAUUUGGUAAGAGAUCGGGCGUUUUCGGGGGAGGGGGUUGAUAAGGUUGGUAAGAGGAAUCGAUCGAUUUGGGAGGGUUUGGAGGCGUAACAAGUGGAGAAAGCUGGAAUUUUUUUGGGGGAUUUUAGGGUUUUGGGAAAAAUCAGUUGUAUAAUAGAGGUGGGGGAGUUGUAUUGUAUCUUGUAGAUUCGGGUUCUUGGGAGAAAGGUGGUAUCUUUUUGUGGGUUUGUAAGGGUUUUGAGAUCAUUUGCAUGAUAGAGGUGGGGAGUUGUAUUCUAGGAAAAUUGGAUUCCUGGGAGAAAUCUAUGGUUUUAGUAUUGGGGAGAAGUGAGAAAAUUUGAAUCCUCAGAUUGUUAGAAUUGCAAAAACUUGAGCUUUCGAGUAUAAGAUAGUUAAGAGUAUUUCAAGCAUUUGUUGAUUGGAAAGAGGAAAUAAUCCAUCAUUUUUCAUUGAAAAUAUUGUUGUAAUUCACUGCUUUCGAAAAAAGAUGAUUGGUAAUCUCGUAGCUGAUCAAGGUUCUAUCCACACCAAUGGAUCCUUGCAACACUCCAAUGGGAAUGCCCAGGAGCGGCUAGAUGAGCUCCGCUGCCUCCUUGGCAAGUCCGAUGGCGAUCUGUUGAAGAUCGUCGGCAUAGGCGCUGGAGCAUGGGGCAGUGUUUUUGCCGCCCUCUUGCAGGAUGCCUACGGCCCGUUCCGUGAGAAGGUUCAAAUCCGGAUAUGGCGCCGACCUGGCCGGGCCGUAGACCGGUCCACGGCUGAACAUCUGUUCGAGGUGAUAAAUUCAAGAGAGGAUGUGUUACGCCGCUUGAUCCGUCGAUGUGCGUACUUGAAAUAUGUCGAAGCGCGGCUUGGUGAUCGAACGCUUUAUGCAGAUGAGAUAUUGAGAGACGGUUUUUGUUUGAACAUGAUUGAGACACCGCUUUGUCCGAUGAAGGUGGUGACGAAUUUGCAGGAGGCGGUGUGGGACGCCGACAUUGUGGUGAAUGGUUUGCCGUCAACAGAGACGAGGGAGGUGUUUGAAGAGAUUAGUAGGUAUUGGAAGGAGAGGAUUAGCGUGCCCAUCAUUAUAUCUCUUGCAAAAGGUAUAGAGGCGUCAUUAGAUCCUGUUCCACGUAUAAUAACGCCGACAUUGAUGAUCAGCUCUGCAACUGGAGUUCCAAUUGAGAACAUUCUUUAUCUCGGUGGCCCAAAUAUUGCUUCCGAAAUUUACAACAAAGAGUAUGGUAAUGCUCGAAUUUGUGGGGCGGAAAAGUGGAGGAAACCUCUCGCAAACUUUUUGAGGCAGCCACAUUUCAUUGUGUGGGACAAUAGUGAUCUUGUCACUCAUGAAGUUAUGGGUGGCUUGAAGAAUGUCUAUGCUAUUGGUGCUGGUAUGGUAGCAGCACUGACGAAUGAGAGUGCGACAAGCAAAUCAGUAUACUUUGCUCACUGCACAUCGGAGAUGAUAUUCAUCACCCACUUGUUGACGGAACAGCCGGAGAAACUUGCGGGCCCACUACUAGCUGAUACAUACGUAACCCUAUUGAAAGGCCGCAAUGCGUGGUACGGGCAAAUGCUCGCCAAGGGUGAGCUGAGCCCUGACAUGGGUGAUAGUAUCAAAGGCAAAGGGAUGAUUCAGGGUGUCUCUGCAAUUGGCGCAUUUUAUGAGCUACUCAGUCAACCCAGCUUAAGCGUGUUGCAUCCGAAGGAAAACAAACCUGUUGCUCCUGCUGAACUGUGCCCCAUCCUGAAAAGGCUCUACAAAAUACUCAUAAAGAGAGAACUUAAUCCGCGGGACAUUCUUCAAGCUCUAAGAGACGAAACCAUGAACGACCCUCGUGAACGGAUCGAAAUAGGGCAAAGCCACGCUUUCUACCGUCCGUCACUCCUCGGGCAACCUUGAUAGCUUCUAUUUCUUCAAGAAAGUUAAAUAAACACAGCAGGUCAUUGUGGAUGCAUGGAAAGGAAUGGAUAGUGCAUAUGACUAAAGCAUGUGCUGGAGUGGAUGGAUGAGGCUUUUGCUCCUUGCAAAGAGUUGUAGAGAGGGAGACAAGGGGACAAUGAUGGAAAGGGAAUGUAGUGAGAUGGAGGGGACAUGGCCCCAAAAAAUAAAAUAAAAUAAAAACAAGGCCUAGUUUAUCAUAAUCCCACUCCUUUUCACCCCCUUGGCCUCUUUGUAGUCCUAAUUCAUCCUUUUUGUUAUAUUCUCAUUCCAGCAGGGAUGUAAGUAGUCUCACAUGGCAUGAUGUUGUUGAUUUGUGGUGUUGAUGAUAAUGAUGUUGGUGAUGUGGCAAUGGCUAAUAUUCUAUUACUAUU